AUUCACCAAACGUUUUCUUACACAUACAAACAUGCACAUUCAUUCAAUGUUACAAUGAUUCGUGAACAUUGAACAAGUCCAAUUUGUUACUGGAAUACAUUAGCGAUUUGAAAGAAAAUCUAACGGAAUUCAUUAUCAUCAUAAUGAUUAAAAGUUGCUAAAUUCAUGGAACUAACAGAAAGUGAACGGACUCUACUUUUUGGAACAUAAACUAAACGAUCGUACUGUUGAAGACUGAAAUCAGUUACACCUUAAAUGUUAAGAAAAGCCAUUGACUCAAUGUUAAUUUUAUUACGUUUUGAAGAAAGAAAAGACUACUGUGACCCAGCAUCUCACAAUUGCCGAUGGAAUUCUACAACUAUAAAUAAUUUCAGUUCUACUACUAACUAUUAUGAUAACUUAAGUAAUAUAGAUAGUAGUAUUAGUCAUUGUAGUACAACACAUUUAAACAAUAUAACAUCAAUGACCACACCAUUAUUGAAUGAUUCAACGAAUACACUAUGGCGAAAUAGUGAACAUAAAGAUAUUGAUGAUAACAACAACAAAGAUAAAAAAACAAAUCGCUCGAAAUCGAUACCAAAUCGUAGUUCAAUUAUAAAUGUUUCACCUAUCAAUCAUAAUAAGAUAUUGAAAACUGAAAGUAAUAAUAGGAAUAGUCGAAGAAGAAGACGAAAAAUAAAUCAAUUUAAUCAUAUACGUCUGCAUAGCUAUGAUGAAAAUAUGAAAAAAUAUCCUAAUGAACUAAAUUAUUAUGAAGAAAUUGAAUUGGGAACAGAUGUAACAUAUUUGCCAUUAAGUGAUUUUACUAAUUCAAUUCAUCAGGUGAACAAUGUGAAUAAAACUAUACGACCAACAACAAACCCUACUACUACUACUACUACUACAAAUAAUAAUAACAAUAUUAGUAGUAAUAAUAAUAUUACUGUAGAAACCACUAGACAACUUUUUAAUAAUGGAGAUGAUCGUAAAGAAUAUAUCAAAUCUCUACCUUUACCUAUGCAACUACCUCCGCCUCCAUCAUUAGCACAAGCAAAAAUGAUACAUCAACAUUUCAAACCAACACUUACCAUCCAAUCAUCAACAGUUUCAUCAAAGCAAACAAAAAAUAAUGUAAAUCAAUUGACAAAUAACUUGUCAAAUAUGAUACCAACAAUUGUUGACAAUUAUGAAAAGAUUAGAUCAGAUAAUUUUCAACUUUUAAUUGAUUUAAACAAUGAGAUGGUAUAUGAUGAGUUAAAUUGUCAACAAUGGCAAGAAUUUUCUCCAAGUCAGAAUUAUCAUCAAGGACAACAAGAAGCACAUAUUAAACUUGAGAGUAAUGAAGAUAAUAAUCUGAUAUUGUUCCCUAAACGGAGGAUCACUUAUCCAGAUAAUACUAAUCCUAACAAUAUACAGCUUCAGUGUAAACUUAAUUGCUUAAAAUUUGAACAACCUGAAAAAUCAACAUACCAAACGCCAACUACAGGUAUGCCAAAAGACGGCAAUAAAGUGAAAAAUGAAAAUCAACGAACCAGUAGUACUAAAAUCGUUAACAGUAAUAUAGUUCGUGAUCCAGUAAAUAAUAACAAUUCAAUUAACAAUUAUUAUUUAUCGUACAGGCCAUCUUCAUCAAAUGUCCACUUUAAUACAAGUUCUUCAAAUAGUGGUCAAACAUUAAUUGGUCCUGAUGUUGGCCAACAAUAUCGUCGAUUUGUAUCCCAUAGAUCACGUAAGUCAACAAGACAACGAAGAUCUAAUUCCUUAUCGUAUAGUCGAUCGAUGGCGUCAAUUUCAUCUUCUACCUCGUGUGUCAGAUCUACAAUCAAUAACCUAUCAAAAUGUCAAUAUCGGAAGCAUUGGUCAUUUACCUUUUAUGAUUUUGAAGAUGAGCAUAACACAAUAGAGGAUGAUACAACGCUGAUCCAUUCAAUUUUUGCUGUAGUUGCAGCAAGAUUACGCGGUAAACAGAACCGUUCUAGAGCCAUUAUUAAGAAGAUAUCGGAAUAUGACAAAUUAUAUCAAGAUAAUGAUAAUAAUAACAACGUCAACAAUGCAAAAACACAGACGACCGGAAAACAGAUCCAUCAACAUAUCAAGCUAGGUCAUUGUGUUUUGAAUGAAACCCAAAAACAAUUUUUGAAAAACGAAACCACAGACAAAGAUGAACAGCAGUUAUGGCGAUUAUGCAUUAAACUUAAUCCGAAAGAUUUACCAAAAUCGUCAACACUCACUCCAGUCAAUAGUUUGCAUGAUGAUAAUACUAAUGCUGUAAAUACUACUGAAAGCACCAAUGAUUAUCAAAGCAUUCAACUAAAAAAGACGCACAUUCUUGCUACAUUGGGGAAAAAAGUUGACAAAGGUUCCUUAUGGAGUGAUAAGUCAACACUAUCGUUAUCCUCCUUAGAUGCUCGAAGAGUAAAUCGUAGAAGAAAGAAAAGAAAAACCCACAAAUAUAAACAAUAUCCACGGAAGCACUUGAUACGCCAUAAUACGAAUCAGUCUGUUCACAACAGCUAUCUAACGUGUUCUUUUUGUCAAAAGUUACAAAGUGGCUACGAAGAGGAUAAAAUUUUAUGGGAUCCUAACAAAGAAAAAGAUAGGGAUAAACACCAGUUGGAAAGGAGUAAUAUCCACUUGUCAGCCUCCAAAACAUCCCCUGGUAAUAUUGACUUGGACGAGGAAAAUGCAUUCGAACAUAAACAAAAACAUAUGCAUGGUAAAAACUUGAAGUGCUUACCUAAUCAUCACCAGUAUCAACAGAACCAACAUUGCUUACAACAGUGUUCAAUAAAAUUGAACAAUGAUAAAUUUAAACGAAACAGUUGUCAUGUAAUUCCAACCUACCAAACCAAUUACCAAAAUGAGAAAACUGAAUUUUGUUGUAGCCAGCUUACACCCUGUUUUAACUACGGUAGUAACAUGUUCAUCAAAGCGAAUUGUAGUCAUCUAAACUGUAAUUAUCAUAAACACGAUUUAAUAGAAAACAUUGGUUGUAAUCAUUUUAAAUGUAUGCCGAAGAUAACUACCACAAUUAACAACAGACAGCAUACAAUCUUCCAUUGUCAAUGUUGCUUGUAUAAAAAUAAUCAAUUGGAUCAUAAAGACAAAAGCAUAGAUCCUCACAAUUCUACACCUACUACUGAAAAAUUAUUUAUCAUAAAUACGAAGGUUAAUAAUUUUGUUAAUCAUUCAUCUGAACGUAUGUUUUGCUGUGAUCAAUGUCAUGAAUGGUUUAUUCCACUAUGGAGUCAAAUACACUGUCCAACAAAUCGAAGAUAUAUUCCAAAAGAUGAUAAUUUACCAUAUGACCAUCAGAACCAUCAACAUCAUCGUUCUUCAAGUCAACCACAAACAAAAAGUGAAAAGUUGAUUCAAAAUCACUCAUCUUCUGAAAUCAUCCAAUAUGAUGAAAAUGAAGGAAGAAAAGUCAUAAAACAAACAUAUGAGUUGGGUAAUAAUGAUGAUGAUAAUAAUAAUAACCCAAGCAAAACUCACUGUACAUAUGAGCCUGCAGUAAAUCAGAAGCAUAUUUUUACUAGAAGAAGCCAACAGUCUCACCACCACCAUCAACAACAACAACAAAAAUGUCGUACAAAAAGACGUGCGAAAUCUGUCCUACCUAUUCAUUCUACUUCAAGUGAUACAAACAAUGGUACAAAUAAUUCACCAAUGAAAUUAAGUCAUUACAAAUUACAUGCAGAUAUUAUUCAAACGGAAUUAGACAAUCAUCUUGUGAAUAGAAAUGAUUCUAGUAAAAAGUUUAUCUAUCCUUAUCCACUUGAACAAUUAACGAAUUUGAAAAAGUAUCAUAAAGUUAGGCGGCAAAAUCGUAUAUAUCUAGGACAAUUAAAUGUUCAAGAAUGGUUAGAUAAAACAGUAAAUGGCAAGUGUUCACCUUAUUAAAAAAUUUUCGUUUCUACUCAAAACUAUAUGUCCAUUGUAAUUUAAGAGUGAAUGCCAAUUUUUUUUUGACAGACCUAUUUUGAUGAAAGAAAAUUACAUUAAAACCACAUACUACU